UGCAAAAUGGCAACGAGAAACCACCUGAACCAAAGGAAAUAGAAGAAGACACAGAUAUAAUCGAGAAGAGUAUAGGAGUUUUAGGACGAUGGCAUAUAUGGGUAUGCUUCGUAAUAUUUCUAGUGAAAUUUCCAGUGGCCUGGCAUCAGCUGAGUAUAGUUUUUGUGGCUCCACGGGUGGAUGUUUAUUGCAUCGAUAACAAUACAGAUGUAUGCUCGAAAAACUGUCAGAAUUACCUGUUCAACACGUCUAUUUUCACACAAACCAUAGCAACAGAAUGGAAUCUCAUAUGCGACAAAGAAUAUUUGGUGAAACUAGCACAGACUGUGACUAUGCUUGGAAUUUUAUUUGGGAAUAUGAUAUUUGGAUAUCUAUCAGACAGAUUUGGCAGAAGAAACCCAUUGGUGUGCGCAGUAAUUAUCCAAGGAAUUUGUGGACUGUCAGCUGCAUUCUCACCAUGGUUUUCACUAUUCUUGGUAAUGCGUUUUUUAGCAGCCCUCGCAACUGGAGGGACCAUGAUCACUAGUUUUGUUCUCAUUAUGGAAAUUGUGGGUACACAGUGGAGGACAGUUGUAGGUAUACUGUACCAAAUUCCUUUCAACUUGGGACAUCUUCUCAUGCCUUUGAUCAGUUAUUACCAACGUGACUGGAGAAGUUUUCAGGCAGCUAUAUCAGCGCCUUCUUUGGCUCUUAUCAUUUACUUCUGGAUUCUACCAGAAUCUCCCAGAUGGCAGUUGGCAAUGGGAAACAAAGAAUCUGCCUUAAAAACAUUAAAAAAUGCUGCAGAAUGUAAUAAACUACCAACAGAAAAAAUCGAGGAAAAUGUCGAUUCCUAUCUUGAAUGUAGGAAGGAGAAACAAACCGGCCAAAGGAAAGCCAACAUUCUGGACUUGGUUCGAACUCCAAUAAUGAGAAUGUAUACGAUUGCUGUGGGUUUCAACUGGUUGGUUUGCGGUUUAUGUUUCUUCGGUGUAUCUCAGUUUAUCGGACAAAUAGCGGGAAAUAUUUUCAUCAACGUAGCGAUAUCUGCAGUUAUUCAAGUUCCUGGUACUUUAGUUGCAUGUUGGAUUACAAAAGCUUGGGGAAGAAAGAAGACUCUCAUUUUCGCCGAUAUCGUUGCUGGAUUAUCUGUUCUAGCAAUAGUAUUGGUACCUGCAAAUACGCCCUGGAUAACUACAACUUUGGCCUCCAUAGGGAUGUUUGGCCUAGCCCUUAGCUUUCCUACGGUUUAUAUAUACUCCGGAGAACUCUAUCCGACAGUAGUGAGGAAUUUAGGAGUGGGAACUUCAUCAAUGUUUGCUAGAAUUGGAUCUAUGGUAGCUCCAUUCAUAGCUACUUUGGAUACUGUCGAACCCUGGAUUCCACCAAUUAUUUUCGGAAUCAUACCCUUGAUAGGGGCGGUACUUUGUUGCAAAUUACCGGAAACUCUGGAUUGCAAGCUGCCAGAUACUAUAGAAGAAGCUGAAGAAUUCGACAAAAGGAAAAUAAAGAAAACGAACGAUGACACUGAAAUGAAAUGACUUCUGGGUUCUUUGAAAUAUUCCUUUUCGAAAUAAUUUGAAAGUGCAGCAGCGUGGAAUUCUAAUGCAUUUUCACAGUUUUGAUAUAUACAUCAAGAAGGUAAUAGUAGGAAUGCUUUAAUGUUGGAAAAUAUACAUAUCAACAAAGUUUUGUAACAAUAAAUAUUUAUUUUUA